GCAUGCGCACAGGCCGGCUGACAUGGCGCUGGGCCGGUUAACUUUCCCUCAGCUGGCGCUGACAGCCGCUCUGGGCGUAGCAAGCGGGGUGUACAUCUAUAACCCAUGGUACAAGCAACAACGCCAGCCGACGGCCAAGAUGCAGGAUGACCCGGAGCGCCAGUGUCCGCACUGCAGCCCAGUACCCAAUCUGGAGACCGGCGCCAUCGACCAACACAUUGCGACCACGGACAAUCUGCAACCAAGAAGUAAAAGAUGAUCAGCUGUGCAGAGCAUCAGCAGCUUUGAAUUCCUGGGACGACCUGUUCUAAGCCCAGCACAUGGAUGUAAUCACAAGGAAGGCAUGCCAUCAUUUCAGAUGGUUAAGGAAGCUUGACUUGUCACCAAACACUCUAACAAACUUCUACAGAGGUACUAUUGAUGGCAUGCUGACUGGUUGUAUCAUGGCAGUAGUACACAUGAAUGUACAAACUGCAGAGAGUAGUAGUCUCUGCCCAAUACAACACAGAAACAACCCUCUCCACCAUCCAUAAUAUCUACAGAAGGCAAAAUCCAUCAACCCAAAGAUCUGCACCAUCUAGGCAAAGACAGCUUUUCGUAGCUACCAUCAAAAGGAUGUGCAUAAGCCUGAAGUCCCACACCCUCAGAGAACAGCUACUUCCCUUCAACCAACUGGUUCUUGAAACAACCUGCACAAUCUUAAUCACUGGCUCAAUAUUGCAACAUUAUAGCCAUUUGAAUUCUUUGCAUUAAAAUCUGCUUUUUUGUUAUACAGUGGCUUCCAGUACAUUGGGCCAUCGGUUAAUCGAGGCAGCCACUUAUUUGUGACAAUUCUUAAAGAACAAAAAUUAAUGGAGAAAAUAGCCAGGGAUCCCUUAAUUUAUUUGAGACGCAAUGCUCCUUAAUUGGGGCAGGACACUGUUGCUAAACAGUUUCUAAUUAGCAACAGAAGCAUGCACUUACGUAGCCAUUAGACACCUCACCAUGUUUAAAGUGAGCAGUUUUUGAAAUAGCGUCAGUGAUGUGCAUUCUGUUCAGAAAAGCAGUGAUUUUUGUCACUGAUAGUUGGUGAGUAAGGCAAUUCAGAAAUGUUCUGCUCACUGCAGCUUCAAGCAUUUAGGAGUGAUAUGCCAGUAAUGGCCAGGAAUGAUAAUACAUCAUCAUCGACCUUGAGGGAUAGCUACGACAAGGAGUGAAAAUGAAACCAUUUCACCACUUAAAAUUAAAAAAAUAUAAAGUAUUUGAAGAUAUUAACAAUCAUCUUAAAUGUUAAAAUGAAAAUGAAGAUUUGGAGGAUGCAAUUAUCGAUAGUAUUGAAUGAAGGAAGUCUAUCAUCUAUACUAGGUGUCUGUGCUGAUUUUGUUCAUUUGAUUUCAUGUUCAUCAAAGCAACACAACAGCAUAGUCUGGAUGAAUUCCCCCAUUGAUAACUAUCAGGAACUAGUACACAGUUUCACAAUCCUGUAGUAGUAUUGGUAGUGUUCUAAUGUGUUUUCCAUUUCAUUUAAAUAUAUAAUUUGUUACUCAGUUACACAGUAGUUUUAACUAAUUCCAUGAAAAUUUGGCUAAUUGGGCCAAAAAUGUAUCAGUCCCGAUGUGUCCCAAUUAACCAAAAUCCACUUUGUUUUCUUUCUUGUAACAAAAUUAGCAUAAUUUAUGCUUUUCUUGUAAAUUCUCUUUACAUGAUGCUAUGUGCCUGUGAUGUUAGCACAAGUUUUUCAUUUGUGCAUUCAUGUAUUUGUGUAUGACAAUAAAAUCAACUUUGAAGUAUUUAUAUUGAUAAGUGAGAUAUAAAUAAUGGUUACUCUGUUUUCUCAUUUGCUUUUAGUAACUUGUGGAAAGUUUGUUCCUUGGACAAAACCAAAAGCUUGCACCAUCUCCUAGAGCACUAAAUUACUAUCAGUUCAGUUUAGAAAAGCUAAGCACUGAAAAUUUCCCGUAGUUUGUAAUUUUAAUUACAUAGAAGUACAUUUUUUGAAGAUCUUUUAGCAGAAUUUAAAUAUUUUAACAACCAAUUUGAUAAUUGUAUGUCACACUGCAAUGUUCAAUUACUUUAGCCAGAUUGCUUCCAUACAUCUUAUUUGGAAAUCAAUAAGAUCAAUGUAUGGAAAUGGUAGGGGGAGAAGUUAUUGUACUACUUAACCUGAACAUGAUUAAUUUCUUCUUUACAGGUGCUUUUAUAAUUAGAUAGAAGAAAAUUGAUUUGCAGAAGUUGACACCAGUAACAAAAUUGCAUGAAAUGUAUUCCUAUAAUGUCACAAGUAUGAAUCAAGAAAAGUGAAUAAAAAGCUGUAUAUAUUGUAAAUCUAAAAUAAAAACAGGAAAUUCUAGAAAUACUCAACAUGUGGAGAUAAACAGAGUUAGUGUUUCA